GCUUUCCUUUCUUCUGACUCUGUUCUCAGAAUCCCAGAUGUUGUCCCAACGUUCUCUUCCUACAAAUCAGAUUUUGUCUUGGUUAAACUGGUUAUCUUUUCUUGUUCUUUUCUCUCGUGUUUGUCAUGAAGCUUCUGGUAGACAGCUAGUUUAGUUAUCUGUUGGCACCCAGUAAGACGCUGACCCCGUGGCGGCAAUCCUGCAAUGGCGGACUGUGGUGACUUUGUACAGCUGCUUGGAUCUGACAUGUCUGUAAAGAUUUUUAUGCACUUGGAUGACCCUUCUGAUCUAGCUCGUGUUUGUGCCGUGUCGCGUACUUGGCACCAAUUUGUGAUUGCAAAUGACCUUUGCAAGAGGCUCUGUUUGAGGAUGUUCCCUGAAGUAACGGGUGUUACUCAUGUAGUUGAAGCUGACAACAUGAUAGAGCCUUUAAAUGUAAGAUCUUACACUUCUCUCGAAUGGGAGCAACGUAAGAGGAAUCAUAAAGUCUAUGCCUUUCUGGCUCGAGGUCUCACAUCUGCUGUCGGGAAGAAUUGUAUAGCAGAGGCUAUUAGUGCAUCCAGCACUGAUCGCUACCCUGCGGAACGAGUAGAAAACACUUUGGAACCGAGGGAUAGAGUUGAACAUAGAGCAUCGUAUUGGUCAAGUAAAGGUGAACGUGACCCCAGUGUUUCGGAGUCUUUGGUGUACAAGCUGAAUGCCAAAUUAUGCAUUGUUACCGAGAUCCAUAUUCAACCAUUUCAAGUGUAUUUUGAGUUUGGAUAUCCUAUAUGUUCGGCUAAGGCUGUCAGAUUCAGAAUGGGUCAUCUGAAGACUCGGAAGAUGGAUGACGAAACUGUUGAUGACUCUGGGGAUGGAGAUGAAUCAGUAGAGAACAAAUAUGUGUGGACGUAUACGUCGCCAGAAUUUCCAAUGGCUCAGGAAAAUUAUUUGCAACAAUUUAAGCUGCCUCAACCUGUACUUAACAUCGGAGGAAUCCUGCAAGUUGAUUUGUUGGGCAGAGUCCUGAGACAUGAAUUGAAUGGACUAUACUACAUAUGGAAGAUACACGCUAAAAUACUACCCUGGAGUGGAGAGUCGUGCAUCUUCUGCGAGCUCGACAAAGGACGAAGACGGUACACCUUCUCGGGCCCGGACCUUUACGGCAAUGUAGGUGCAAGUAGUUGGGAGCAGAUGAUUUUGAGCACAAUUCUGGGGCUGCAGUGGUUGUUGACUCCGACGAAUCAGACGAAGAGAUUCCUGAUUAAUCUUCUAAUCGAUUCACAUUUUAGGUUGUCCAGAUUUUGCUAUUUUGGUUUCUUUCUUCUAUGUAAAUCCUACUGAUGCUGUGCCGUCGCUGCGGCGUGGUGGCGACGAGGAGACUAGUGGGUAACCCAUUGUAUGC